AUGCAGAGAUUCAUUGAUCAAUUUGAACCAGUUCUGUUAUCAUCACUUCUAAAUUGCAAAUCCCAAUUUCAAACAUCCCAAAUAGUUGAUUCUCAAAAUUCCCUCGUUGCCUCAUCGUUCACGGCUCACUGCAAUUCUAAUCAUCAUGUCCAUGCAAUAUAUAAUUCUUCUGUAAUAUUUAAACAGUACUUGAUAGCGAAAAUUGUGUUUGUGGUUGGCACUUCGGGAAAAGAAAUUUUAGAUUCCAGCUCUUUUGUGAUAAUCUUUGAUAACUUUUACAACUUGACAUUAUUCAAAUCACUGGAAUCAUGCAGUUCUGAAUUAACACAUUUUGGAACCCAAUUAAAAAUUGCAUUAUCAAAGCAUUUUCCAAAUAAUACUGAAGGUGAAAUUAUUAACUUAUUGCGCUCAAACUUCUUCUAUUUUGGUCUGGAUAUUAUCACUGGCUAUAACUCCUUGAUUAACACCUUGAGAACUUUGCCCCAUUUCUUGAUCAAUCAUCAAGAACGACAUUCAAAUGCUUUCAAGUUGGCCGGCACCAGCAAAUCUUUGGUAGUAAUUGAUUCACUUUCGAUUUUCAACAUCAUGGAGGAAACCCAUCAUUCCAUAGGAGAAGAAUCCCUUGAUAGUUUUCUUUCCCUGGCCUCACAAGAGCAUUCGCCGGUCAAUCUGACAAUUAUAAGUGACAAUUCAAAAUUUGAAGCCAUGAUGAGAAGCAUCAGGUAUCUACAAGAAUCGCUACUUUUUAAUUCCUCAUUCCUCACUACAAGUUUCCGAAAGCAGGCAGAAGAUAUUAGAUCCAUUGAGUUCGGGAGAUUAAAUAAUGCAAUUCACAGGAACUUUUAUACAUAUAAUUCUGAUAAUAAGAGCCGUGAUAAAAUAAGAAAUGAAUUGGGGAUGGACGAUAAAAUUAAGCUGGUAAUUAGCGAUAGAAUUUUCAGUGGAUUGGGAGAUUUUAGUAGUGUGGUGCUUUUACAAUCUUGA